AUACUCUCUCUCUAUCUCUCUCUUUCUGUGUCUAUUUUUCUCUGCCUUUGCUAGCUUCUAUCACUCUCACAAGAACACUGAGCUCUGAGACUCACACACUUAGAUCUGAAACCCACAAACCCCAAAAAUUUCUUAGUUCCUAGGACGAUCUGGGUGUUUAUGAUUUUCUUUCCUGAUCAAGUGUUGUUUCUUCCUGGUCAGUAAGUUUAGUUUGUAAGUUUGGCUGGAAUGGCGGUGACAGAUGCUCAAAACCCUCUACUUGGAGAAACCACUUGUGGUUCUUUACUGCAAAAAUUGCAGGAAAUUUGGGAUGAGGUGGGUGAAAAUGAUGAAGAACGUGACAAGAUGCUUCUUCAGUUGGAGCAAGAGUGCUUAGAUGUAUACAAGAGGAAGGUUGAGCAGGCUACAAAGUCCAGGGCACAGCUUCUUCAAGCACUGUCUGAUGCCAAAGUUGAACUUUCCAGUCUUCUAUCUGCACUUGGAGAAAAAAGCUUUGUUGGAAUACCUGAGAAGGCUUCAGGAACUAUCAAGGAACAGCUUGCAGCUAUAGCACCUGCACUUGAACAGCUAUGGAAACAGAAAGAGGAGAGAGUGAAGGAAUUUUCUGAUGUUCAGUCACAAAUCCAAAAGAUAUGUGGAGAAAUUUCAGGGAACUUGAAUCUUAGUGAGCAGGUAGGAACUCCUGCCGUUGACGAGGCUGACCUAUCUAUCAAGAAGCUGGAGGAGUAUCAUGCCCAACUCCAAGAACUUCAAAAGGAAAAGAGUGACAGGCUGCACAAGGUGCUUGAAUUCGUCAGCACUGUGCAUGAUCUUUGUGCUGUCCUUGGAAUGGACUUCUUCAGUACUGUUACUGCUGUCCAUCCUAGCUUAAAUGACUCAACCGGUGUGCAAUCCAAGAGCAUUAGCAAUGAUACUUUAUCUAGGCUGUCUAAUACAGUCUUAGCAUUAAAAGAAGAUAAGAAGCAGAGGCUGCACAAGCUUCAAGAGUUAGCUUCACAAUUAAUUGAUUUAUGGAAUCUGAUGGACACCCCUGAAGAUGAAAGAAGACUAUUUGACCAUGUUACGUGUAACAUGUCUGCAUCUGUUGAUGAGGUGACUGUUCCUGGGGCUCUUGCUCUGGAUCUAAUUGAGGAGGCUGAGGUGGAAGUGGAGAGGCUUGAUCAGCUGAAGGCCAGCAGGAUGAAGGAAAUUGCUUUCAAGAGACAAGCAGAGCUUGAAGAGAUUUUUGCUCGUGCUCACAUAGAAAUAGAUCCGGAGGCUGCCAGAGAAAAAAUAAUGGCAAUGAUUGAUUCUGGGGAUGUUGAACCUGCUGAGUUGUUAGCUGACAUGGAUAAUCAGAUAGCAAAAGCGAAAGAUGAAGCUCUCAGUAGAAAGGAAAUAUUGGACAAAGUAGAAAAAUGGAUGUCGGCCUGUGAGGAAGAGAGUUGGCUUGAAGACUAUAAUCGGGAUGAAAACAGGUACAAUGCAAGUAGAGGUGCACACUUGAACCUCAAGCGUGCAGAAAAAGCACGGAUCUUGGUUAAUAAAAUUCCAGCUCUUGUUGAUACAUUGAUUGCCAAAACUCGUGCUUGGGAGGAAGAUCAUGGCAUAUCAUUUGCUUACGAUGGUGUCCCCCUCCUUGCCAUGCUAGAUGAAUAUGCCAUGCUCAGGCAAGAAAGAGAAGAAGAGAAGCGGAGGUUGAGGGAUCAGAAGAAGUACCAAGAGCAACAACACACAGAACAGGAAGCAAUAUUCGGUUCGAGGCCUAGCCCCGCUCGACCACUUGGCACGAAAAAGGUUGUAGGACCUCGAACAAAUGGAGGUGCAAAUGGAACUCCUAACAGAAGGCUAUCACUUAAUGCUCAGCAAAAUGGAGCCAGGUCCACAACAAAAGAAGGAAAGAGGGAUAAUACUAGGCCAGUUGCUCCCGUUAACUACGUUGCCAUAUCGAAAGAGGAUGCUGAUUCUCAUGUUUCAGGCAGUGAACCAAUUCCAGCGACUCCAUGACAAGGGAUGAAGGAUCUUUAGGAUUUUACGUCACUAUGAUAUUACUACUUGUUAUUACUUAACUGCUGUAGGGAUAUAUUCUUAUGAAACAGUGAGGGAAAAGUUGGAGAGUGAAGUGUUAGCUGUGUAUGUUAUAUUGGCAUGUGAAGGCUUUUUCAACCCAUGUUUUACUUUUUUUUUUCCUCUUAUUCAAGUCUUAUCUACUGUACUAAUCAUAUACCUCUGAUAAAACUUGCAUUUUUCUUGAUUGUCCUUCAAA